GUACUUCCAUUUGAAUUUCAAGGCACAAGCUGAAAAUGGGGUUUCUAUUUCUCUCACUGUUAUUCCUAUUUUCAGUAGAAACAAAAGCAAAAGCAGAGCAUUAUUAUCCAAACAACACAAGUAGCAACUCCAUAGAUGGCAGAGAGUUACUAGGAAUUAGAAGUAGUUGUAAUGUUUACAGAGGAAAAUGGGUUUAUGAUUCAUCUUAUCCUCUCUAUGAUUCCUCAAAAUGUCCUUUUAUUGAUAAUGAAUUCAACUGCCAGAAGUACAAAAGGCCUGAUAACUUGUACCUCAAAUACAGAUGGCAACCUUUUUCUUGUAACUUGCCAAGGUUUAAUGGACUGGUUUUCUUGGAGAAAUACAGGGGGAAGAAGAUAAUGUUUGUGGGCGAUUCAUUAAGUUUGAAUAUGUGGGAAUCGUUAGCUUGUAUGAUUCAUUCAUGGGUUCCAAGGGCCAGAACUGCCGUCAUUAGGAAAGAAGGACUUGAUGAAAUUGUAUUUCUGGAUUAUGGAGUUAGAUUGCUAUUGUACCGCACGCCUUAUUUGGUGGACAUGGUGAGAGAAAAUGUUGGAACUGUUCUAAAACUGGACUCUAUUCGAAGUGGCAACGCUUGGAGAGGAAUGGACGUCUUGAUUUUCAACAGCUGGCAUUGGUGGACCCACACCAAAAGUUCUCAGCCGUGGGAUUACAUGCAAGAAGGGAACAAAAUAUUCAAAGAUAUGAACCGUUUGGUAGCUUAUUACAAAGGGAUGUACACAUGGGCAAAAUGGGUUGACCGAAAUAUUGACCCAACUAAAACCAAAGUGGUCUUCCAGGGAAUUUCCCCAACUCAUUACGAGGGAAAAGAUUGGAAUGAACCAACAAAAUCAUGCAAAGCAGAAACACAACCAUUCUUUGGCAUAAGGUAUCCAGCAGGGACAACUGCAGGAGCCAUUGUGGUUAACAAAGUACUAAGCAGAAUAAGAAAGCCAGUUCAUUUAUUGGACCUUACAACACUUUCUCAAUAUAGAAAAGAUGCACAUCCAACCUAUUACAGUGAUCACAAUACUUUAGAUUGCAGCCAUUGGUGUCUCCCUGGAUUGCCUGAUACUUGGAAUCUUCUUCUUUACAAAUCACUCAUCGGCUGAAACACAACAAAAACAGAAAAAAAAAAUGGUCUCUUCUUGAUUUGUGAUUUUUGUGUCUAGGAAUUUGUUUGACUUUGCUCAAUUGGUAGUCACAAAAUAAGAAGGGUGAGUGAGUGAUGAGGGUAAUAUAGAGCAUGAUUUUUAGGCAUGAGAGGAUGCCUUAAUUAGUUGAAUUGAUGAGGCAUAUUGCCUCUUGAAUUUGUACUUUAAUUGUGUAGAUUCAACAGAUGUUGUAAGAUUAUUUUUAUGCUAAUUUAAAUUGAAAAUUAUCAAUUUGUUUUAUU